AAAAGGGCAGUGAUGGUGGAGGUGGUGGCGACAACCCCACGUGAAUGGCCACCACCACCACCACCCACGGUGGAUGUCAUGCUUGGCUUCAUAUCAACGCUAACUGCCAAAACGCCCUAACUCAUUUACACUAAACCAUCACACAUAAACACACAAUUAAAGCUAAAGUUGGAUUACUAUCAUUACCUCAUUUGACUACCUCACCUAAUCUAAUCUUUUUGCAUUAUUAUUUUUAGUGUGAGAGAAUCAAAUCUACGCAUUCAAACUUUUUUCUGUUGAUUUUUUUGGGGGGAUUAAAUAUCCUUUGAAUUCCCAUCAUCCAAUCUUCUUUUGGGAACAUUUUGUAAGGGAAUCCAAUACUUCUUUAAUUGCAAUUUGGGAUUCUUCAAGGCAUAUUAAUCUUAUACAAUGUUUUUUUUUUUUUUUUUGGAAUUGGAUUCUUGAAUUGUUCGUUAUAUUAUAAUGGGAUCGUUGAACUUAUGUUCCUUAAUCCUUUGCGUUAACUUAUGUUCUAAUUGAAUUCAAUAGUGCAUAACAUACUGGAAAGAUUGUAAAUCAAUUGAAUAAAAUGAAAUUAACGUAACGAAAAUUGAGAAGUUAAACAAAAAUAAAUAAAAGUUCAAUGAUCUAUUUAUAUGAUUAUUCCUAAACUUAUAAGUCAAAUUCAAAUGUACACAAGCUAUAUCGUCUUAUUAGAAUGGCAUGGGUGUAUUGUAAAUUUAAUCUAUAUAUCACCCAAAAUAAACGAAUUAUUGGAUCCUCAUCAAUCAUCAUAGAAUAAAUAGAAAGAGGGGCAACAAGGCAGUGACCUAUAAUUAGCUACCCUAAUAAAAAGACAAAUUAAAUAUGACUCUCUAGUCACUCACCCUACUUUAUUGCUUUAUCAAAUUAUUUUCCAAAUUGUUAUGUAUGAAAUGCUAGUGGCUAAAUUUGCCCUUCUCUCUCUUGCUCUAAUAACUUUUUCUCGCUCUAACUUAGCCACAAAAUGGUAGUGCCCCUCUUACUCUUUACCACCAUGUUUUAACCUUUGAAAAUCUCAAUGUUAGCAGCAAAAUACCAACCAAUAUAUCUGCAACUAAUUAUGAGAAGGGGAGAUGGAGAGAGAUCAUCAUCAAGCACAUAAUAAACAGCAAGAAACCCCACCAUCUCUCCUCUCUCCUCAUCAAAACCCUAACACGGACUCACCGAGAAAUGUUGCUGCUGCGGCGGCCAACGAUCGGCUGAAGAGAGACGAAUGGAGCGAAGGCGCGGUGUCGAGCCUGCUCGAAGCGUACGAGGCCAAAUGGACGCUCAGGAAUCGGGCCAAGCUCAAGGGCCAGGACUGGGAGGACGUGGCCAAGCACGUCUCGGCGCGCGCCAACUGCUCCAAAUCGGCCAAGACGCAGACGCAGUGUAAGAAUAAGAUCGAAUCCAUGAAGAAGAGGUACCGAUCGGAGUCCGCCGCCGCCGCCGACGCCUCGUCGUGGCCGCUCUAUCCUCGCCUCGAUCUUCUCCUUCGCGGAAAUGGAGCUGCUUCUUCUAAUCCUCCUCCUGCUGUGGUGGUGGAGUUGCCAUCUCCGCCGCCGCCGCCGCCGCUGGAGGUCGGAAGCGGCGCGCAAAAUUCACCUAAUUCGAACGGCGGCGAUCGCGUGGGUAAGGAGGAGGAAGGAGAGGGCACCAACAAUGAAAUGAAGGCGAAGGCGAUUGAUGAGACGGACAGCAGCACACCAGCAAUUGAUCUGGAUCUGGAGAAGGAGAAGGAGAAGGGGAAGUUGAAGAGGAAGGAGAAGUCGACGAAGCGAGUGAGGGAGGAAUGCUGGGAGAUAGGGGAGAGCAUAAGGUGGCUGGCGGAGGUGGUGGUGCGGUCGGAGCAGUCGCGGAUGGAGACGAUGAGAGAGAUAGAGCGGAUGAGGGCGGAAGCAGAGGCCAAGAGAGGGGAAUUGGACCUUAAACGCACUGAGAUCAUUGCUAAUACUCAGCUCCAAAUCGCUAAGCUUUUUGCUCGAGGAUCCAUCCAAUAAUGGCGUCUUCGUCUUCGCCCUUGCUUAUAUUUAAUUUAAAUUAAUUUUAUGUAGUGGGACAAAAAAAAAAAAAAAGACCUCAUUAUCAAUGAUCAAUGACUAUAUAUAAUAGUAGGAUUUAUAUA